UUGUUAAAGCGCAAAUCGAAACAUAUCAAACUAUUCCAAUUUAUGCCGUCAGUUUUCUCGGAUGAAGCUCUGGAAGGAUAUAACUUCAAUGGAGCAAACGUGCUUGGUAGGCGCAAGAUCGCCAUGAAAGGUUACAAUAUUUUCAGCAGUUGUUUCAUGGAUGCCUACGAAUCGGAAGGGCUAACCAUGGAAGAACUGGCCAACCAAAUAACCACGGCCAUCAAGCAGACUCGUAACAGAAUGCGUCAGCGUACCUUCCGGAUGAAGAGAUCUAUGGAGAAGAUGUUGAAGGAAAAAUCGGAACACUAGCUGGUUGUGUUCGUUCUAGAGUAAACUGGAAAUUUCACCGAUAACCCGUUGGGACUGUUGUAGGAAAGAAUUAGUUCAGUACUUGAUUAGAUUCAUACGUGACCGGUUAUGGUUUUUGUGCUUACUGUUUGAUUGGAACAAAUCAACUUGAUAUUUCUGAUGCAAACAAUAUAAAAACAAUCAUAUUGGUUUUUCAAAAAUUCGGUUAUUACAAAUAAAGUUAUUAAUUUUGUCAAAUAAAUAAAUAAGUUAAAGAUAUUGCUAGUAGGAAACAGAGAAAAAAAAACAACUAAAUGACAAUAAUAUCUGAAUUAAGCUGUAGAACACUGCGAGACGGCAUAGCUUUAUUUUCAAUCUAGUACCUCAUUUAUGCAACAUCGAACCACUUCAAACUGUUUUCUCUAUUUAAUAGAAAUAGUCGUGGAGGACAUAAAGCUGGAAAGCAUUCCCAUCCAAGUGGAUUCUACACUUUCAACCACCGGUAAUGCAGUACUAGAACCACUAGCAGAAACUCACAAAAAUGAGGAUAUAAAGUUGCAUAAAGUAGACCCACGUGUACAUGAAGAUGCGGCCUGCAAACGACUUCAUAUGCAGCUUAAAAUCAACCAAAAAGAGCGACGUCCUCCAAGUAGAAAGCAUUCCAAAUCAGUUCGCGUGGCUGGAUUUGAAUUUCCUCUGUCAUGCGAAGAAGAUGUCGACCGGUUGGAACUGAUGGUCAAACGGAAUCCUAUUAUCAGAAACCAAUAUAUCAAAUAUCUGGCAGCGAAUAAACUACCCAACAUGGAGAUUGCUCACAUCCUUUACCGAUUUUUCAACGACGAAGCCCUCUCGAAUUUCAACUGGACUGGCCAGGAACGGUACGACUCUAGUGCUUCGGGUAAAAAGAAAUCCAUGCAAAAGUUCGACAUUUUCAAUUCAUGUAUGCUAGAAGCGUGGUCCAGCCAUGGUGUUACACAGGAUGCUUUGGCUGGUUCGCUAAAGAAAGCUGUGCAGCUGGUUGCUCGACGGCGGUACAAUCUCAUCUACAAUCAGCGGAAACGAAUUGAAGCGCUGGAUCCCGAACACUGACGUUUUCCAGUGCAUGUCGUGAAAUAACACAACUUCAUACACAGUUAUCAUUUAACUAAAAUUUUCUUCUAAUCUAGUACCUCUGCUGAGUUUUGCCUUCUAAAAUUUAAGUUGUAACUAGAAAAAUACAAUAUAUUUCUUUUUGAUAUAGUACUUCACACGUUUCAAUCGUUUUCAGCUGCCAAACUCUUCAAAUUAAAUGGAACGAAAAUUUCGUCCAAUUUUAUACAACUAAGUUUUUCUGUUUUCUUUGCAGCAACAACUGGGAACAAAAUGGAAACGUCUACCACUUAUCCGAAAAUUGAAAUCAUUUCACAAAUACGAUUGCAUCCACCACAAAAUCCAACGAUUUCACAACUGCACGGUUUACUGAGGGGAUCUAGCGUAGGAGGGGUACCUGAAAAAGUUCCGUUGUACAGCGGUAGCGACAUCUACAUAGCAUUGGAGGACCUGGUAAAAAUCUAUUCUUCCAACCCGGCUCUCUAUACUGCCCGACUGAUGGACAUAAUAUUCGGUAGAGAGAUAUUGAAUAAUGCAUGCAUUGAACCAGCGGGGAAUGAAGACGAUUUGGAACAACUGGAUUCACAUAAACUGCGAUAUAUGAUUGGUAAGAACGUUUCUCGGCCUGUCGGGUAGUAGCAGAUCGGUGUUCAAUCAACACAUUUUUUUUUUUGUUUACAGUGCAUGUGAUUAAUGUUUUCAAAAUUCAAAACAUUGAAAUAUCAGAGCCGACUGUAUUGGAAUACGUUCGCCAUCGGCUAUGCUUCCUAAAAAACAAAUGAGAAAGGAAGAAGUUAUUCAAGAGCAGUCUGC